UGAUUCAAAUAAACAAAAAAAACAAACAUGUUACAAGUCAAUAGUAUUUUGCAGCAUUAAAUAAAAUAUGCUGAUAAAUCUGUUAACCUGGUAGUUUUCAGCAACUUCUGAGGGAUGCAACUUCAGAGGGAUGGCGGGCUUCCCUGCCGAACAUCAAAUAGAAUGAGGAGAAUUUUGUUGUCGACUGCUUUUUGGUGCGCAAACCAAACAUGACUGUACAGUACAGACAAUGAUGGAACUGUUAAUGUUCCAGAGACACCACACCUUUUAAAGGACCGUGUUCACCAGUUCCUCCAAGGCAGAAUCAAUCCUUUGGGUAACAGCACAUGCUUUGGAAUAGACAUUCUUUGUGAAACAUCACGGAUUGUCAAGUAUAAUUUUGACAUAUAAAGGAAAACAUAAGGGGGCAAAACAUUUCUUGGUGGUGAACAUUUAUAUAGUCAUACACCACAUAAGGCUUUGAGUUUUUUAUUUAUUUAUUUUUUUUUUCUUCUAUAGCGUCUCUCAUAUAGUUAGACAUUUUAUUUGUUUUUGUCUUUUAAACGUUUGGUACACGUUUGCCGUUAAUAAAACUUGUAUUGUUUCAUUGGAAUUGGUCUCUUAGUUUUGAAAUUUCCAAUAUCUUAGUGUUGAAUGUAUUGAGUGAAGUAGUUAUUUGUGAGUGUUGCCAUUUACAUGGUUUCCUAUGGAUAAAUGUCUGUAUUAAUUUGAGCAUCUGUAUUUGAAAGUGUUUACCUUUUAAGGAUGAUCUCAGAGAAAACUAAUCAUAUUUCAGUGGGUAACAAGUCACUAACAUUGAUAAAAAUGACAGUCCAAAUUUUCAAUUCAAUAAAAUUCAAUAAACUUGGACCCCAAAGCAUAUUUUUUGUCACAAACUGAACCCCAUAUGAAAUCAGUUUUUUUUGGGAAGUUAUAACUUGUCCUUCAAUUUUCGUGUCGGCCAACGGGGGGCGCAAAAGCGCCGAAAACAAGAAGUGUGUGAAAAGCAACGUCGAAGAACGUUGGAAUGUGUCUUCUAACACGUCCUCAAGUGGAAGAUAUAUGUCAAGGAAACGUAGACAAAGUUCAGGACUUUGAAAUCAAGAGCUAAACAUGAGUGGAAGAGGAAAGGGCGGGAAAGGACUCGGUAAAGGAGGCGCCAAGCGUCACCGUAAAGUUCUCCGUGAUAACAUCCAGGGAAUCACCAAACCGGCGAUCCGCCGUCUGGCUCGUCGCGGUGGAGUGAAGCGUAUCUCCGGUCUGAUCUACGAGGAGACCCGCGGUGUGCUGAAGGUGUUCCUGGAGAACGUGAUCCGUGACGCCGUCACCUACACCGAGCACGCCAAGAGGAAGACCGUGACCGCCAUGGAUGUGGUGUACGCGCUGAAGAGACAGGGACGCACUCUGUACGGAUUCGGCGGUUAAACUCCACGCUCCGCUGUUAGCAGACAACAAAAGCUCCUUUUAAGGGCCACCACAUGUUCUUAAAAGCAAAGACUCCUCAUAUCUCAUUUCUGCGAAAUAAUUACAUGUUAUUAUCUUGUGACUUUUAUUAUAAUACAGAUUAUUUUUAUAAAUGUAAAGAGUGCCAUAAAUUCAGUCCAAAUUAUGUUAAAAAAAUUCGAUUCCUAAAUGAGCUACAUUAGCACAUAACACAAAAUGUAUGUCU